CACAGGAUAUCAGGAGCCAAAACACAGAUGAUUAUGGAAGACUGGGAUUUUCUUCAGCUGCAGUGUGCUCUAUACAUUAAUAGUGAGCUCUCGGGAAUUCCUCUCAACAUGGCACCUAAGAAAUGGACCAGAGGUUUUGUUCAGAGACUUAAGGGAAAGCAAGGUCGGUUUAGAGGCAAUCUGUCUGGAAAGCGAGUAGACUUCUCUGGCAGAACAGUGAUCUCACCUGACCCUAACUUAAGAAUAGAUGAAGUAGCAGUGCCUAUUCAUGUUGCUAAAAUACUAACAUUUCCUGAAAAGGUGAACAAAGCAAAUAUCAAUUUUAUGAGGAAACUUGUCCGUAAUGGUCCUGAUGUUCAUCCUGGAGCCAACUUCAUACAGCAAAGGCACACACAGAUGAAAAGAUUUUUGAAGUAUGGAAACCGAGAAAAGAUGGCCCAGGAGCUGAAGUUCGGUGAUAUUGUGGAGCGACAUCUUAUAGAUGGUGACAUAGUCCUGUUUAACCGACAACCCUCUCUUCAUAAGUUGAGCAUCAUGGCUCACAUUGCUAGAGUAAAACCUCAUAGGACAUUCAGAUUUAAUGAAUGUGUCUGUACACCAUACAAUGCAGACUUUGAUGGAGAUGAGAUGAACCUUCACCUUCCUCAGACAGAAGAAGCAAAAGCAGAAGCACUUGUUUUAAUGGGGACUAAAGCAAACUUGGUGACACCAAGAAACGGAGAACCUCUUAUCGCUGCUAUUCAAGAUUUUCUCACAGGUGCCUAUCUUCUUACAUUAAAAGAUACCUUCUUUGAUCGAGCCAAAGCCUGUCAAAUUAUUGCUUCUAUCCUGGUUGGCAAGGAUGAAAAGAUUAAAGUUCGUCUUCCACCUCCAGCAAUUCUGAAGCCUGUAACACUUUGGACAGGAAAACAGGUUUUCAGCCUCAUUCUCAAACCCAGUGAUGAUUGUCCUGUAAAAGCCAAUCUACGAACCAAGGGCAAACAGUAUUGUGGCAAAGGGGAAGACCUGUGUUACAAUGAUUCUUAUGUCACAAUUCAAAACAGUGAGUUAAUGAGUGGCAGUAUGGACAAAGGAACCUUAGGUUCAGGAUCCAAGAACAACAUCUUCUACAUCUUGCUGAGAGACUGGGGACAGGUAGAAGCUGCGGAUGCCAUGUCACGACUAGCCAGACUUGCUCCUGUCUAUCUUUCUAAUCGUGGCUUUUCAAUUGGAAUUGGUGAUGUAACCCCUGGGCAGGGCCUGCUCAAAGCUAAGUAUGAGCUCCUGAAUGCUGGCUAUAAGAAAUGUGAUGAGUAUAUUGAAGCUCUGAACACUGGCAAGCUACAGCAGCAGCCUGGUUGUACUGCAGAAGAGACACUAGAGGCUUUAAUCCUUAAAGAGCUCUCUGUUAUCAGAGAUCAUGCUGGCAGUGCCUGUCUCAGAGAACUGGACAAGAGCAACAGUCCCCUUAUCAUGGCGCUCUGUGGUUCUAAAGGCUCCUUCAUUAAUAUAUCUCAGAUGAUUGCUUGUGUAGGUCAGCAGGCUAUCAGUGGGUCCAGAGUUCCUGAUGGAUUUGAGAACAGAUCUUUGCCUCACUUUGAGAAACAUUCUAAGCUCCCAGCAGCAAAAGGCUUUGUCGCUAAUAGCUUCUAUUCUGGGUUGACUCCCACUGAAUUUUUUUUUCAUACAAUGGCUGGUCGAGAAGGUCUGGUUGACACAGCUGUAAAAACAGCCGAAACUGGAUAUAUGCAGAGGCGGCUGGUAAAAUCACUUGAAGAUCUUUGCUCACAGUAUGAUUUGACAGUCAGAAGUUCUACUGGUGACAUUAUACAAUUUAUUUAUGGAGGAGAUGGCUUGGAUCCUGCAGCCAUGGAAGGGAAGGAUGAACCGCUGGAAUUCAAGCGAGUUCUAGACAAUAUCAGGGCUGUGUAUCCAUGCCGAAGUGAACCAGCACUUAGUAAAAAUGAGUUGGUGUUAACAUCUGAGUCCAUCAUGAAGAAGAAUGAAUUUCUUUGCUGCCGAGACAGUUUCCUGCAGGAAAUUAAAAAAUUCAUCAAAGGUGUUUCUGAGAAGAUAAAAAAAACUAGGGACAAGUAUGGCAUUAAUGACAAUGGCACAACAGAGCCACGAGUUUUAUAUCAGUUGGAUAGGAUUACUCCAACACAACUAGAGAAGUUUCUAGAGACUUGUAGGGACAAAUACAUGAGGGCACAGAUGGAGCCUGGUUCUGCAGUAGGAGCUCUUUGUGCACAGAGUAUUGGUGAGCCUGGCACACAGAUGACUCUGAAGACUUUCCAUUUUGCUGGCGUUGCUUCAAUGAACAUUACUUUGGGUGUGCCAAGAAUCAAAGAAAUCAUUAAUGCUUCAAAGGCUAUUAG